AUGUUGGUCGUACGUUUUGUGGCAAGUUUAUUCGUACUUAAAUUGUUUUCAAGUCAUCUGAUAAGUGUGGUAAACCAACUAAAUCAAGAUUUGGAUAUUAAAACCAUUAUCUAUUAUGGUUACACAAAGGAAAUGCUCAACAAAUUAAGCACCAACAUUAAUCAAGGUCAGUUUCAAUUGCUACUGCAACAGAAUUUGAGCGAAGAGUUUGGAAAUCGACAAGAUGAACCCGUUCUAAUCAUCACGGAGCUGUCUGAGGACCUUCAAAUUAAUCAAUUAAUUGCUGCUAAUCUGCAGAAAUAUUUCAAGGACAGACAGUUUAAUGAUAUCCUACUGAUUGAUUGGUUAAAUGGGACGGAUUAUGCUGAAGUCUUGCAAUUAUAUUGGCUGGCGGGUUUUCCUCAUGUAAUCGCAUACAACUCAACGGAAUCACAACUUUGGAGCAUGGAAGGAUACGGUUCUCGACGGAUUGAACCCACAUCUGUGGAGAAGUAUUUGAAACAACGUUAUCGAGGGAAUCUCAUGGGCCAUCCAGUGCGUGUCUUGGUUACCAAUGAUCCACCACAUUCGUUUGUGGUGGAAUCAACUGAGAUCUCUAAAGAUCCCUAUCAGGGCAGUGUCAUUAAUGUAUUCAAAUUGUUUGCCUUUCAUUAUAAUGCCACUUUUCAGGCGGUGCAUUUUGCAGGCUUAGUGCGUUACUCUACCUGGGAAUGCCUUGCCUUGGUGGAGAGCAACCAAAUCGAUGCUUGUGGCAGUAUUUUUGUCAAGAACUUUCGUUUUGCCAGCAGUCAUCCAGUUCGCAUGAAUCGAGUAGCCAUUAUGGCACCUUAUGGCAAUGCCAUUGAUAAGUUUUAUUAUUUCCUGCGACCCUUUGAUGAUUAUGUGUGGAUCGGCAUAGGAGGGAGUGUGAUUUAUAUAGCCAUGAUGGCUUCACUUAUGCAUAGACUUUUUUAUGGUUACUGGAAUGUGGGUCAAUACAUUCUCUUGGCCAUACAGAGCCUAUUGAGUAUAACAAUGCGCCUGCCCAGGCCACUUUCGAGAAGUUCCAAGCUGUACUUGCUACUUUUGCUCUUCACCACGGGAUUUGUGCUGUCCAGUUUGUAUGUGGCUUUACUCUCCAUGAUGUUGACCACAAAACUCUAUCACAAACAGAUGAAUACUUUGGCUGAUCUAAAGGCAGCCAAUGUCAAUAUACUUUUCCAGCAACACAAUAUCGAGGCAAACUCUGUGUAUGGCGGCUCAGCAGAGUUACGUGAACGGUUUCAAUUUGUGGAUGAGCUAGUUCAUAAGCAACACCGUGAUGCCCUGGAUCCCCAUUAUGCCUAUGUCGACUCAGAGGAUCGAAUGGACUACUAUUUGUACCAGGAAAAGUUCUUGAGACGGCCACGUAUGAAAAAGUUACCCAAUCCCAUUGGUUACACCUGGGCCGUGCAGGUAUUCAAACAGAAUUGGCCACUGGAACGUCUCUAUAAUCAGCAUAUACAAAGACUUUUUGAGACUGGUCUGCAGUAUAAGUUAGUGCAUAAUGUCCAUGAAUUGGCAGUGCGUUCGGGUUUCCUACACUUCUUACCCACCCAAUAUAAGAGUGUGGAACCCUUGGAACUGGAGGAUAUUGCCAUGGCUGGGAUGGUCUUAAGUGGUGGCUAUAUUGUUUCUGGCAUUUGCUUUCUAGGGGAAUUAAUGCUUGGCCAUUAA